CUUCGCGUCGUCACUGCGGGAGAGUGUUUUAUUAGUUAUCGUGCUUCUUAUGUAGGCCUAAAUUUUUGUUGUUGUUUUGACUGUCCAUUAUGAUGUAGAAAUCAUGAAAGGUGCUCAAGACAAUCCAUCGCUUCAAGGUUCUGUGUCUACAGAUGAAACGCCGACAUCAGCAUCCCUAGUAAGUAUACUGAGCUCGUUGAGUUCUACUCAGCCAUCUGUGCACAUUCUCGGUGAGUCUACUUCAACUACUCAGUAUAGAAAUAUUGUAACUUCAUGCGAAACAUCCUCAGUUGCCAAUGUAGUCAACAUUGGCUCUGUCAACUCUCUUUCAACAGCUGUUGGAAAUCUAAGGAACAACUCCUCUGUUUUUAAUCAACAAACUGCAGCUGUUCCGGUUAGAACUCUUAUUAAUCCUCCAACUUUAAAACCAUCUCCCCAUAGGCAACCAUUUGCUCUUGCUCAGGAUCAAGUAGGCAUAACCCUACCUACUAUUGAGAAGCUAGAACUAACUAGUGGUGUAUCAAAUGUUGUUCACUCUUUACAGUCACGAAUUGGGUCUACUGGAAUGCCUCUAGCUGGCCACCACCAACCCCAAAAUUCUGCUGCAAGCCCAGCAGCUCAUUCAUUACAAGCCCAUCACCAGCAACUUCCAGUACAUUUACAGACCCAGUCACCUGUUCAAUCUCACAUUCAUAACCCACCCGCUCAACAACAGCAGUUCCAACGAUUAAAAGUAGAAGAUGCACUUUCUUAUCUUGAUCAAGUUAAGUUUAAGUUUGGUAGUCAACCACAAGUAUACAAUGAUUUUUUGGAUAUAAUGAAGGAAUUUAAAUCACAAAGUAUUGACACACCUGGGGUAAUUCAGCGAGUUUCAAACCUUUUUAGAGGGCAUCCUGAGUUGAUAAUUGGGUUUAAUACAUUUUUACCUCCAGGUUACAAGAUUGAAGUUCAAGCAAAUGAGCAGGUGAAUGUUAGCAUGCCAGGGGCAGGAAUGUGUACUGUGACACCUCAGCCUCCACCCAACACAACAUCAACAUCAGUUUUAUCAUUUACACCUGUAACCAACACACAAAGUGUUACUAAUUCUGGAACAGUAGUAACAAGCAUUAAUGUAUCGUACACCACUCCAGACAAACCCUGCCAGCAGUCAGUGUCGAGUGUAACUGUUCAUUCUUCAAUUCCAAAUCAGCAGUCUAAUCAACAAUCUGCAGAAAGUUCUAUAGCAAGUCCUCCUCAUUCACCAGAUGAAUCCUUAAGUACAUCAACUACCCCAAAAGCAAACCAACCAGUUGAGUUUAAUCAUGCUAUAAAUUAUGUCAAUAAGAUUAAGAAUCGAUUUCAAGGGCAACCUGAUAUCUACAAGCAGUUUUUAGAAAUCUUGCACACUUAUCAGAAGGAACAAAGAAACCUCAAAGAAGGAGUACAUACUACUACAAAGCCAUUGACAGAAGCUCAGGUUUACUCACAAGUAGCUAAAUUGUUUCAGAACCAAGAAGAUUUGCUUCAAGAAUUUGGUCAUUUUUUACCUGAUGCUAAUGGAGCAGCUGCUAUCCUUCCACCCCCAAAACCUGUGAAUAAUGAUCAUACACCAGCAGUGAAAAAAACUACAUUUGCCAAACCUCCUACAAGUAUAGGUAAUACCAACAAUCAAAUAAAGGCACCUCAAGUAGUUAAACGGCCUCUCCCAUCUGUACCUCAUCAACCAGCUAAAAAACCUCGAAUGACAAGUUUGAAAGAUGUCACUCUUGCAGAAGCAGGUAAAUGUGGAACAUUAAAUGAAUUUGCAUUUUUUGACAAUGUACGUAAAGCUCUACGGAGUCAGGAAGCUUAUGAGAACUUUCUGAGAUGUCUUCUUUUGUAUAACCAGGAAAUUGUAUCAAGAACAGAGCUAGUACAGUUGGUAACACCUUUCUUGUCAAAGUAUCAGGAAUUAUUUAAAUGGUUUAGAAAUUUUUUAGAUCAUAAAGACACAUCUUCAAGUAUAGUUCUGGAACCUGUUCCACCCAAAGUUGUCAAUCAUGAGAGGGAGCGAAUUAGUGGUGAUCUUGCGAUGGAAAUUGAUUAUUCUUCUUGCAAAAGGUAUGGAGCCAGUUAUAGAGCAUUACCAAAAAAUUAUGUGCAUCCUAAAUGUAGUGGUCGUACAGCUCUGUGUAAGGAAGUUUUAAAUGACACUUGGGUGUCAUUUCCUUCUUGGUCAGAAGACUCAACAUUUGUGAGCUCUCGGAAAACCCAAUAUGAGGAGUAUAUAUAUAGAUGUGAGGAUGAAAGAUUUGAAUUGGAUGUUGUUUUAGAAACAAAUUUGUCUACGGUACAUGUACUUGAAGCUCUCCAGAAAAAAAUUAUUAGAAUGACACCAGAAGAGAGAGCCCGCUUAAGAUUAGAUGAAACUCUUGGAGGAUCGUCUUCUGUUAUUCAUCAAAGAGCCAUUAAAAAGGUUUAUGGAGACAAAGCAGCAGAUAUUAUAGAAGGUCUGAAGAAGAAUCCUGUGGUAGCAGUACCCCUUGUUGUGAAAAGGCUAAAAGCAAAAGAAGAAGAAUGGCGACUAGCCCAGAAAAGUUUUAAUAAAAUGUGGAGAGAUCAAAAUGAAAAGUAUUACCUAAAGUCUUUAGAUCAUCAAGGUCUCACUUUUAAGCAAAAUGAUGUGAAAUGUUUAAGAUCAAAAAAUUUGCUUAAUGAGAUAGAAACUAUUUUUGAAGAGAGACAUGAACAGGUUGAGGAGGGAGCAGAAGAAGUUACGUCCGGUCCACAUUUGUCAGUAACAUACAGUGAUAAAUCUGUUCUUGAAGAUGCAGCUAAUUUGAUUAUUCAUCAUGUGAAGCGACAAACAGGUAUACAUAAAGAAGACAAGCAAAAGAUAAAGUUGUUCAUGAGGCAUUUUAUUCCAGAUUUCUUUUCAGUGCCUCGAGGAGAGCUAAGUGAUGAUGAAAAUGAACGAGAAGAUGAUUCCCAAACUGAGGAGAGUAAGCCUUGUGAUCAAGAAUCUCCAGGAAAACAUGCAUUAGAUGACGGCAGUAAAAACAGUGUGGGAGGUCUAGAAAAGAGAAGUAGUUAUACCCAGCAAAAAGGAACAAGUUGUAAUGUGAAAGAAAACAAAGAAAACAUACUGGAAUCUCAUAAAGAAGGGAAUGUAUCUCAUUUUAUGAAAGAAUUGGCAAAAGAUCUUUCUCCUUCAGACAAUGAUAGAAGUACUUCUAGAUGGGAAGCUAAACAAUCUCCAAAAGAUGAUUAUCAAGUAGAUAUUGAUAGUUCUGACUCAGAUGGGUCAUACGCUCUUCUUUUUGCUAACAAUAAUUGGUAUCUCUUCCUUAGACUGCAUAAUAUUCUUUGUGAACGUUUAGCAAAGAUUUAUAAUAAAGCUUCACAGCUAACUGAGGAGGAACAAAGGGAAAAGAAGGAAAGAAAAGAAUCAACAGCACUUUCAUUAAGACUUCGGCCAAAACCAGAUGUAGAAGUUGAAGAUUAUAAGCCAGCUUUUUUAGAAAUGGUGAAAAACCUGUUAGAUGGUAAUAUGGAAAGCAAUCAGUAUGAAGAUACUUUACGAGAAAUGUUUGGUAUUGAUGCUUACCUUGCAUUCACAAUGGAUAGGGUUGUGCAAAAUGCAGUUCGUCAGUUACAACAUGUUGUUUCUGAUGAAGUUUGUACACAGUGUAUGGAUUUGUACUUGCAAGAAGCAAAAAAUGAAGCUACAGGUGGUACUUUCUAUUCUGUGUCUAUGCAACAUAUUGCAGCUGAAAAUGCUUACAGGAAGAAAGCAGAACAGAUAUUUAGUGAAGAAAAUUGCUUUAAAAUUGUUUUAUAUAAAAAUGAGGGGAAACUAUCAUUUGAAUUGUUAGAUACAGAUGGUUCCGAAGACAGAGGAGAUGAAAGAUGGUCUGAAAAUUCAGAAAAGUAUACUGCAGAAGAAGAUACCAUAUCUGAUGAAUUGAAGGAACAGUUAUCUAAGAAACCUGUCUUUUUACAUCGUAAUAUCAGAACACGUCAACAGCAGAAAGCAAAACAGAGACAGAAUUUUGAACAGAAUGGGCGAAAACAAGAUAGUGAAAAAUACAAGGAAACUUGUUUCAAAAAGGAAGAAGCCUUUACCAAUGAGGAAAAUACUCUGAUAACAAAGGAAAAUAUUUCUAAAAGUCUAGACCUUGACAAUUCAUGUGUGAAAAAAAAUGAAGAAUGUACAGAUAUUGGUAAGAAUAAUGAGUGUUUGUUUGAUGUUGAUUCUUAUAAAACAGUUAUUGUGGUUCCCAAUGAAAGCUAUCUGUAUAAACGGAUGGCUCUUAAAAAGGCAAGGUUUACUCAUCAACAAGUCUCAAGAAGACUCAACAAAAAAUUCCACCAGUGGCAUGGGAAAUGGUUAGAAUUGUGUGUUACAAAUGACAUGAAGACAGCUUGUCAAAAGUGGUUGCUAGGAGAGAGAGAAGACCUAAUUAGGUGUCGGACAAUAUGUGAAGAAAAAAAUGACCCCACAAAACCUCCAUAUGCACCAUUCAACCAUUACAGGUUACAGAAGAGUGAAAAGGAAAUGUAAAAAUGUAUGUUGUGUAUGUGUCAUUAGGUUUAGCAUUUAUCAUUUAUCUGUGACAUAUCUGAGAUUGGAACUGUCUUGAUUGUCAGGAUGGUACAUGUGAGAAAUACUGUAUAUCACUGAAGGGCAAUAUGUGUGCUCUAGUUUACUUUCACAUAAUUGCAGACCAGUACUGUUUUGUAAACAAAUUUCAGAGUUACAAGAAGGAGGGCAGUUCCGACAGUACAUGUACAUGAGUAAUGAUGUGCAUCAGAUAUUCAUGUACAGUGCAUGCCUUUUAGUCUGAUUCACAAAGGAGAAGAAUACCUAAAAUCAUCCUUGCAUUUUAUUGUAGGUAACUGUUAACAUUUCAUGAAGUAUUUCUAUGUUGCUAUUUGAAAAAUAUGUACAAAAAAUCAACUUUGUAAUACAAUAAAGCUGUUUUUCAUAAAUAUUGGGAUCAAAAAUUCAAGUAAAAUUAUAAAUAUUCAAAAUCCUUAAAAAUUCAUGAAUAUAUGUAAAUUGGUAUUUUGUUAUCACUUGCUGCAUUUCUUUUAAAUGCUUUGUAAUGUACUGAUAUUUUAAUUAUAACCUUGUCUAAAGAUAAUAAUUUAAUAAAAGUUUUAGCACCAAGUGUAUGUCAAAACUAUAAUUGUACAUUCAUAGUUUUACUCAAAAAAUAUCAAGCUAAGUUCUUUAUUUGUUAUCUUGUUAGUCAUUUCAAAAAUUUCAUUCAGUCUUUUAUGAAACAGUCAUGUUUUCAAGCUUGACCUAACUAUGACAUAAUAUAAUUGAAUAUUUAAAGCAUGCUGGAUGAAGUGUUUGAUUUGGACAAUGAUUAUCAGAAAUAAUGUUGUUUUGUCAUCAUCAUAUAUAUUUUGUUGCCUGGAUUUUCCUAAUCAACUAAUAUAAACUUUAAU